AUGUUCCGCAGCGCCCUCCUCCGCAGCGCCCGCGCCGCCUCACGCCCGCUGGCCGUCGCAGCGCCCGCCGCCCGCAUCACCUUCCCCCGGGCAGCUCCGGUGCCCCGAAUGCUAGCCAUAAGGAUGUACUCGGCCGCCAGCAGCCUAAAGAAGGAAGAGGUAGAAGGGCGCAUAAUGAGCCUGCUGCAGGGCUUCGACAAGAUCAAGCCGGCGGCCCACUUCGCCAACGACCUGGGCCUUGACUCUCUCGACACGGUGGAAGUGGUCAUGGCCAUAGAGGAGGAGUUUAGCAUCGAGAUCCCCGACAAGGACGCCGACUCCAUCCACUCUGUGGACAAGGCGGUCGAGUACAUUCUCAGCCAACCGGAUGCUCACUAA